CCACCUGUACUGACCUGUGCUCUGGAGAGGGAUCCCCUUUCUAGACCGUCGGAUGCAGCCCCCCUACCCCCCCUGCAGCUAGUGUCUGGGCCCAGAACCCCACAGUAGGCCCGUUGCACCGCUGUCAUCACAUCCCCACUGCCUAGCUCCACCCCAGACCUGGGAACUCCGUCCCCUCUGACCCAUUGUCCCUGGGGCCAGCCCCAGGCUGACCGCUGGCUGCGCCCUUCCCUCGCUCCCAACUGGUGAGUCUUCCCCGGCAAACGUGCCGCGACCUGGAAUGCAGCCGGCUGCGAGGGCGGCCAUCAGGGAUGUGGUGGGCCGCGACAUGCUGGCCGUCGACCUCCGCUGCAGCCUCUUCGCCUCGGCCCUGCAGAGCUACAAGCGCGACUCUGUGCUGCGGCCCCUUCCCGCGUCCUAUGUCCACCACGACUGCAAGGACUUUGAGGCCCUGCUUGCAGAUGCCAGCAAGUUACCCAACUUGAAAGAACUUCUCCAGUCUUCUGGAGACAAAGACACACGGUCCUGGGACCUGGUGAGCUGGAUUUUAUCCUCAAAGGUCAUGACAAUCCACAGUACAGGGAAGUCAGAGUUUGAAAAGAUCCAAAAGCUGACUGGUGCUCCUCACACACCUGUCCCGGUGCCGGACUUUCUGUUUGAAAUCCAGUAUUCUGACCCAGCGAAUGCCAAAUUUUAUGAGACCAAAGGAGAACGAGACCUAAUCUAUGCCUUCCAUGGGAGCCGCCUAGAAAACUUCCAUUCCAUCAUCCACAAUGGCCUGCACUGUCACCUGAACAAGACUUCCUUGUUUGGAGAAGGGACCUACCUCACCAGUGACUUGAGCCUGGCCCUCAUUUAUAGCCCUCACGGCCUUGGGUGGCAGCGCAGCCUCCUGGGCCCCAUCCUCAGCUGCGUGGCUGUGUGUGAGGUCAUUGACCAUCCAGAUGUCAAGUGCCAAACCAAGAAGAAGGAUUCCAAGGGGAUAGAUCGCAGGAGGGCGAGGAUUAAGCACAGUGAAGGGGGAGAGAUCCCUCCCAAGUACUUUGUGGUCACCAAUAACCAGCUCCUGAGAGUGAAGUACCUGUUGGUGUACUCACAGAAGCAGCCCAAGAGCAGGGUUUCCAGCCAGCUCUCCUGGUUUUCCAGCCAUUGGUUUGCGGUCAUGAUAACCCUUUAUCUACUGCUGCUGCUCAUAGUGAGUGUCAUCAACUCCUCAGCUUUCCAACACUUUUGGAAUCGCGUGAAGAGAUAACCUUUCUGGGCCUGGUGUGAGGGCCACCUCGGCCAUGUGCCUUAUGAUCACUUUUCUCCGUCCCCCCUACACCCCACGUCUCACUGGGCUGUGCGUGGGGGUCGGUAUGGGACCAUUGGAUAAUUUCGUAUGUCGUAAAUGUAUUGAUUGCCUUUGAUGAUGCUCCAGGCCACAUUUUGGUCAGGGGGGCCCACUGGACCCAUAUUCUUAAGUGUUGUUGGGGAGCCCUCCUGUCUGCUCCUUCUUAAACAUUCUUAGGGAGUUGACUUCUCAGCUAGGGCCAAAGGAAAAAGUCCUGCUGCAUUUAAAAACAGCAUGUCCAAGCUGUCAGUGGUGUGUUUACAAUUGCUCCUGGCAGACGCUGGCCCUUUUCUCUAAUGCCUUCUGGAAGGCGGAAAAUGUGUAGUGGGGACUAUAAAUCACGAGGCGGUUGCCUUGUUUUGACUUGAGACACCCCAGAGGAACAGUCAUGUUUCUCAUAAAAAUCAGUGGGAUUGUUUUUGAAUUCCUUCAGCCUUUGAAUGUGAGUGCAAAACAUUUUCACAGUUUUCGCAAAUCAACAGACAGCCUUCUGCUACAGCUGUAACCAUCCCCCUCCCCCCAGCAUGGAUAAGAAUGGAGUCAGACACCUGAUUUAAAAAAAAUGAACUGAACAAUGAGCAAGUCAAAUUGUCUUUUUCUAAAAAUUACCAGCUGAUGAUUACAGCUGAAACGGAACCAAUUGUUUGUUUUCUGAUUUUUUUUUAAAUGACUAUUUGAAAAAUUAGUCUUUGUGAGCUGAGGAUAAGGGGAAAUUUCUAAACCUAGAGCACCAUUUGGCCAGCGUCCACCUUCUCUUUCCUGGCUGCAUUUGAGAGAAAGAGAUUUGAGCCGCAGGCCUGCCUCCUCUUCUUGAUCUCACGAAGCUGCCUUGACUGUGGCCCGCCAGCCACAAGUGCCAUGCUGCAGGCCUUCUGUGGGCAGGUCGCCUUGGGACAGGCCUGCCUUAGUGCCACAGAUGUGCAUGAAACUGUGUCCCCCUCAGAGGGAACGAAGGUCCUUGGGACUCAGCCUGGGCGUUAAAUGAUCAGGAAACUUCUGUGGCUGCCCAGAGAGCCACUUCUGCUGUAUUUUCUGCCCCCUUCUCCUUCAGAAUUUCAGCCAUAACAGAACACUGUCUGAUUUGGGG